CUCCUUUCUUUUGUCACUUCAUUCUUAGUAGUUCUCUCUUUGGAAGCAAACAAAAAUGGGGAAUUACAAACAAAAAUCUCUAAUUUUGUGGGCUGUUGCUGCUGCAUUGCUCACACAUAAUUUAGUCAUUCCUGUUAUGGCUAGAGCUUCUUUUGAAGAAAAAAAGACAUAUAACUCUCCUGAUCCGAGUACCGGAAAUCCUCCUAGUUCAGGAGAAGGUGGUCAUGGAACACCUUCGCAUGGAGGAAAAUCACCUGGUGGGAACUGUGGUACCCCGGCCCCUAGUGGAGGGCAUAAACAUCACCAUCAUCAUAACCCUACCCCAUCCCCUCCGUCAGGAGGGCAUGGUUAUUCUCCGUCUCCACCAAGUCAUCAUGGUGGAGGUGGAACCCCUCCUAGUACUCCCAGUACACCAACUACCCCAACUCCUGACCCCGGUACUCCAAGCACUCCAGGAGGUGGUGGAUACUCUCCUUCCCCUACUCCUACUACUCCUACCCCUAGUACACCAUCCACCCCCUCCACACCUACUAUUGAAACACCACCUACUCCUACCGCUGAUCCUGGAACUCCAAGCACUCCUGGGGGUGGUGGUUACUAUCCUUCGCCUACACCUACACCUAGUACCCCCUCUACACCUACUAUUGAAACACCACCUACUCCUACCGCUGAUCCUGGAACUCCAAGCACUCCUGGGGGUGGUGGUUACUAUCCUUCGCCUACACCUACACCUAGUACCCCCUCUACACCUACUAUUGAAACACCACCUACUCCUACCGCUGAUCCUGGAACUCCAAGCACUCCUGGGGGUGGUGGUUACUAUCCUUCGCCUACACCUACACCUAGUACCCCCUCUACACCUACUAUUGAAACACCACCUACUCCUACCGCUGAUCCUGGAACUCCAAGCACUCCUGGGGGUGGUGGUUACUAUCCUUCGCCUACACCUACACCUAGUACCCCCUCUACACCUACUAUUGAAACACCACCUACUCCUACCGCUGAUCCUGGAACUCCAAGCACUCCUGGGGGUGGUGGUUACUAUCCUUCGCCUACACCUACACCUAGUACCCCCUCUACACCUACUAUUGAAACACCACCUACUCCUACCGCUGAUCCUGGAACUCCAAGCACUCCUGGGGGUGGUGGUUACUAUCCUUCGCCUACACCUACACCUAGUACCCCCUCUACACCUACUAUUGAAACACCACCUACUCCUACCGCUGAUCCUGGAACUCCAAGCACUCCUGGGGGUGGUGGUUACUAUCCUUCGCCUACACCUACACCUAGUACCCCCUCUACACCUACUAUUGAAACACCACCUACUCCUACCGCUGAUCCUGGAACUCCAAGCACUCCUGGGGGUGGUGGCUACUAUCCUACGCCUACACCUACACCUAGUACCCCCUCUACACCUACUAUUGAAACACCACCUACUCCUACCAUUGACCCUGGCACGCCAAGCACUCCAGGGGGUGGUGGUUACUAUCCUUCUCCGACACCUACUACCCCGUCUACACCUACCAUUGAAACACCACCCACUCCUACCAUUGACCCUGGAACUCCAAGCACUCCGGGUGGUGGUGGUUACUAUCCUUCUCCUACACCUACCAUUGAAACACCACCCACUCCUAUCAUUGACCCCGGAACUCCAAGUGCUCCAGGUGUCUUCCCAAUAGACCCCAACUCACCACCUUUUACAUGCAAUUACUGGAGGACUCACCCGACACUUAUAUGGGGCUUAUUUGGCUGGUGGGGAACUGUAGGAAAUUCAUUUGGUGUGGCUAGUGUUCCAGGUUUCGGAUCAAACAUGAACUUGCUCCAAGCACUUUCCAACUCUCGUAACGAUGCCUACGGGGAUCUCUACAGAGAAGGAACAGCUUCAUUAUUGAACUCCAUGGUGAGCAAAAGCUUCACCUACACUUCCAACCAAGUCAGAGAUAGUUUUGUUUCAGCACUUAGUUCAGACAAGUCAGCAGCAGCUCAGGCACAGCUAUUCAAGUUAGCCAACGAGGGUAGAGCUUGAGCAGAAGUCGUUAAUCUCUAUUCAAAAUCGUCACUUUUUCAGUUUCUUGCAAUGUCUAGUAAUUUCAUAGUGUAUGUGUGCUUUUACUUAAGAUUGGAUACUAGAAAUGUUAAAUUUUCCUAUAUGGUUUUGUAUGUUACAAUAGGCUAUGAGUGAAUGCCACGUUCUGAUUUCAGAAACUCUAUUUUCCAUGUUAUCAUAUAUCGAACUUAAUAUGAAGAGUUACAUAUUAUUGUA